UGAUUAGUAUUUGGUAUAAUCUGUGUUCUGUGGUAUAAUGUUUCGUAUCUUUUGUACCUAUUUAAACUCAUGCAAUAUUUUCGACCACAUACUAUAUAUUGUAUGUAUAUAUAGGUAGUUUGAUUAAGAUUCACAGAUAAAACUUAUUUAAUAUUAAAACUGAUAAAAUUAAACACGUAUGUUUUGAAGUUUGAACAUUAAACUUUAAAGUAUCCAUAAUCCAUAAACCAGGUACUUAAUAAGUAUUAAAUAAUAUUAUUAAAACUUGAAUUGAAAUAAUUGAUGAUUAAAAGUUACAGGUAAUUAACCUAAACGUUUGUAAAUUUAUAGUUUGUGUAUAACUUUAAUAGUAAAAUGAGUUUUCAUAGUAAAAUUGUAUUGAUUACCGGUGCUAGUUCAGGAAUCGGUGCAGCAACUGCAAUACACUUUUCCAAAUUGGGAGCAAAACUAGCACUUACUGGACGCAAUCUUGUCAACCUACAGAAUGUAGCCGAUCAAUGUGAAAAAAGUUGUUCACUAAAACCAUUUGUGAUUACUGGUGAUCUAACAAAUGAAGAUGAUACUAAAAAAAUUUUGGAUUCCACUAUUUCUCAUUAUAACCAACUGGAUGUUUUGGUGAAUAAUGCAGGUAUUUUAGAAAACGGAUCUAUUGAGUCUACAUCCCUCGAUCAGUAUGAUCGGGUAAUGAAUGCUAAUGUUCGAUCCAUCUAUCAUCUAACCAUGUUGGCUGUUCCGCAUUUAGUGAAGACUAAAGCAGUGGAUCAAUUUACAAGAUGUGUAGCAUUGGAACUGGCUCCAAAAGGAGUUCGUGUGAACAGUGUUAACCCAGGAGUUGUAGUUACAAAACUUUUAACAAGACAAGGAAUGAGUGAAGAAGACUAUUCAACAUUUUUAGAUAAAACCAAGUUCACGCAUGCGUUAGGAAGACCAGGCACCGUCGAAGAAGUUGCCAAAGCAAUUGCAUUUUUAGCUAGUAAUGAUGCUAGUUUUACGACUGGUGAUUCAGUUUUGGUUGAUGGAGGAAGACACGCUAUGUGCCCAAGAUAAAACACUUACUCAUGUGAUUUAACGGAAAAUCAUUUUUCAUUUGUUUGUAUAUUGUACAAAUAGAUUAAAAAUAAUAAAAAUAGAUUUUUUUGUAAUAAAGCUAUCUGGUCUAAAUUAA